UCAACAACAAAAACGUUACCUUGUCGUUUUUAAAGAACAUUCUCGUAGGCCGUAUUAAUAACUGACUGGCCGAGAUAAGUGUCUGUGGUAACUUCAGUGUCAUCUGAAAAAAACAAAUACAGAGUCCAGAGACUCAGCGUUGUCCAGUGUGAGAGGAGAAAGUCCCAGUUUGUUUCCUAACUUUCUGGAUCGAGGAUAAGGCUGUGGGAGAAGGGCGGGGUUUAAAGUUUGAAGCCAUCCUGCUGCUGCUCCUCUGUUUGUGUCUCACAAACUCCACCCGGAACAUAACAGAGAAGAGCCGCAGUUGUCCUGAAUGCACCGGAGCUGACAGGUGAAUCCUGCUCGUCCUUAGCUUCCUUUGUUUAACCACGGACGGCUGUGUCGGAGAAAAAUGAGGAGGUCGGGGGAGCAGAGAGAGGAUGACAACACAGUGCUCAUUGACAUGGACACAGGACCAGAGAAAAACUAUGGCAGUUUGACAGAGGAAGCACAUGUUCAGACACCGGAUGAGAAUGUGUUCAGUGACAGAAACACUCGCAUUGAUUUUGUCUUGGUGUGGGAGGAGACAAAGAUUUCCGAGAAGGUGGAGGGCGCUGGUGUCAACUCCAUGCACGUGAAAUGGAGAAAGGAGUUUCUGAGCAGACUGAAACGUAGAGGUCUGCUGGUGGAGCAGAAAAAAGUGACUAAGCCUAAAAAGUCCAUCAAUUUUGUCCUGCUCAGCGCUCCGUGGAAUGUCCUUUGUUAUUAUGCUGAAGAGAUCAGCCUGAGGGUCCCGCUGCAGAUAGUCAACUAUUCAAACAUUACUUGGUCUGAAAAGAUUCUAUCAAAGCUGUCACUCCCCAACCCGAUGACCCAGGAGGUCCCCAACCCCCCAGUUUGUUACUACACCUGUGAGUUUAGGAACAACAAGCUGGAAAGGUUUCUGGGCAGCAACGACCAUGAAGUGUUUUUUAAGACUACCCAGCGCCACCAGGUGCUGUACGAGAUCCUGGCCCGGACUCCGUAUGGUUCUGUGAAAAAAGGCCAGGUGGGUGUGGACCGUUUACUGAGUGAGCACAUCUUCACCGCUGCCUACCCUCUGCAUGAGGGUGAUUACCUACACCCUGGAGCUGAUGUCCCCCCUCAGGCUUUAAGUGUUCGGCAGAUACUGUACUCCUACUGGGCCAAGUGGUCCUGCUGGAAAUGCUACCAACCACUGGACCACAUCAGAGAAUACUUUGGAGAGAAAACCGCACUAUACUUUGCCUGGCUCGGUUUCUAUACUGCUUGGCUGUUACCGGCAUCUAUUGUUGGUACUGUGGUCUUUCUGACUGGACUAUGGGUGAUGGUAACAGACGUUCCAUCGAAGGAGGUUUGUGACACUUCAAAUGACUACAUCAUGUGUCCAACCUGUGAAGGCUGCCCCUACUGGAAUUAUUCUACCAUCUGUGUGACCUACAAGAUUGGCGUACUUUUUGACAAUGGAGGCACAGUCUUCUUCAGCGUCUUCAUGUCUCUGUGGGCUGUUACCUUCCUGGAGUACUGGAAAAGGACGUGUUCCACUCUGUCUCACCGCUGGAACUGCUCCGACUUUGAGGAGAUUGAGGAACGUCCUCGCCCUGAGUUCACUGCCAUGGCUCCAAUGACAAUAAGGAACCCAGUUACAGGAGCAGAAGAACCCUAUUUUCCUGGAAAGAAACGCUUCCAGAGAAUCAUAAGCGGUUGCAUGGUCAUCAUCAUGAUGAUCAUCCUGGUGGUGAUGUGCCUCAUUGCCAUUAUUCUGUAUCGUACCAUGGUCAGUAUCUUCAUCCAGAAAUCUGGUCUGAGGUUCAUCAGCUCCUCUGCUAAAAGAAUAGCCAGUAUUACAGCCUCAGUGUUGAACCUGUUGAUCAUCCUGCUGUUGUCCAGACUUUACACCGCCCUGGCAGAAAUCCUCACCCGGUGGGAAAUGCAUCGCACUCAGAACAAAUAUGAAGACAUGUUCAUCCUCAAAGUUUUCGUCUUCCAGUUUGUUAACUUCUACUCCUCUCCAGUUUACAUUGCCUUCUUUAAAGGCAGGUUUGUUGGUUACCCUGGAAAAUUCAACACACUGUUUGGAAUUCGCAACGAAGAUUGUGCAGAAGGUGGAUGUCUGACAGAACUGGCCCAGGAGCUGCUCGUCAUCAUGGUGGGAAAACAGCUCAUCAAUAAUGUCCAGGAGUUCCUUGUCCCGAAACUCAAGUCUUGGUGGCAGAAGAGGAGUUUGAAUCAGAAACAGCAGGGGGAGAAGAAGAAGGAUGGUGUGGAAAAGAGUCAAAGUCAGCAGCAAAAGGAGAUUACUCCCUGGGAGAAAGACUACCAGCUGCUGCUGUGUGAGGGUCUCCUCACCGAGUACCUAGAAAUGGUUAUUCAGUUUGGCUUCAUCACUGUCUUCGUGGCAGCCUGUCCUCUUGCUCCACUCUUCGCUCUAAUUAAUAACUGGAUAGAGAUUCGUCUGGAUGCUCAGAAGUUUGUGACUGAAUAUCGCCGCCCUGUCGUUGAGAGAACCCCUGACAUUGGCAUCUGGCUUCCGAUCAUGCAGUUCAUCACACAGGUGGCAGUCUUCAUCAAUGCUUUCCUCAUCGCUUUCACCUCCUCAUUUGUGCCUCGCCUGUAUUAUCGCUACACAAAAAAUAGGAACCUUGAAGGUUAUGUGAACUUCACACUGGCGACAGCACACAUCAACUUCAACCAACAAAAUGAGACGUCCUGUAGGUACAUGGGUUUUCAGGAUGAAAAUGGUCAUUACAUACCAGAGUACUUUGAACUACUCGCCAUACGUUUAACUUUUGUCAUUGUCUUUGAGCACGUGGUUUUCUUCAUCGGUCGUUUUAUUGACUUGAUGGUGCCUGAUGUCCCUGAGGAGGUAGAGAUGAAGAUUAAGAGGGAGUACUACAUGGCCAAAGCAGCUCUGGCUGAGAACAGGUCGAUGGGCUCAUUCAUGAUUCCUGAUGAACAGGAAGACUACUCCACUAGUGUGCGCCACCGAACACCUCAUCCUUCAACAACAAACCCCAGUGUCUCUCUACCAGCAAAAGUAAAAAAGACCUCAGGGGAAAAUGGCUCAUUGGACACACAUUAAAGUAAAACACGAGAGGACUCUUAAACAUCAACAUUUAACUGGACAUCCUUAAUUAUGGAACGUCUCUCCUGGGUCAUUAUUUGUGACUGAUUCACAAAUGUACAAUGAUGUAUAUGCAAUCUCCACAAGCCUGGUGUUGAAUUCUUUCAGAUAAUGACACAUUAUCAUUAUCAGCACACUAAGGAAUGCACGACAGAAUGCAGUAUGUAUGUGACAAUGUUGUUUCAUGCCUACAGUCUGUGAAAGACACUGACCUCUGCUGGAGAUCUACAAAAGUAAAACCACAAAAAAAAAAAAAAAAAAAGAACCACAGAGCGAUGUUCUAUCAGUUUAUGUCAACACACACAAUAAAGUGA